AUGAAAAACUUCUCAACGCAAUUCAAUCCUCAAAGCCCAGAAGUAGAAAACCCAAACAUACAAGAAGAAAAGGCAGAACAACACAUAGAAGAAGAAAGAGCUAGGUGCGACUGGGAAUUCAAUCUCUCCACUGUUGUUACCUCGAGCUCCGUCGGAGCCAGCACCGACACCAUCGGCGUCAUAGAGUUCGACCCCUCUGAUAGCCUCGUGGCCACUGGAGGAAUUGCUAGGAAAAUUAGAGUUUAUAGUGUAAAAUCCUUGUUGCCCGGCGAGAAUCAUAGCCAUGGUGAGCACAACGUUAAAUUGUUACAACACAAUAAUGCAUGUGACUACUAUAUAUGGACCCCGGCUAAGCUCAGUAGCCUAAGGUGGAAACCGGGCUCCUCCGGCCGAGUACUCGGCUCCGGCGACUACGAUGGGGUGGUCACCGAGUACGAUCUCGUUGUAAAUGUUUGA